AUGAAGGAUAUUCUCAAGCGAGCAGGUAUGGUGGAUUGCAAGCCCGUUGCCACGCUAGUUUCCACCACAAAAGUCGUGACAGGUGAUGAGGUUCCAUAUGCUGACCCCACUCAGUACCGCAGCCUUGCAGGUGCUCUGCAGUAUCUUACGGUAACCCGUCCUGAUCUCUCUUAUGCUGUUAAUCGUUUGUGUCAGCACAUGAACUCUCCUACUACGGCGGACUGGGCGGCUCUAAAGAGAGUUUUACGGUAUGUGAAUGGGACACUCAAUCUUGGUCUCAAUAUUUCCUCUUCUACCUCUCUGGAUAUUCAUGCAUAUUCUGAUUCGGAUUGGGCUGGCAAUCCGGAUGACCGAAAGUCAACUAGUGGUUUCGCAGUGUUUCUGGGUAGCAAUCUUGUUUCAUGGGUAUGUCGAAAACAGCGCACCGUGGCUCAUUCCUCAACUGAAGCUGAGUACAAAGGGCUGGCUGACGUUUCUGCAGAAGUUACUUGGCUUGUUUCUCUGAUGAAGGAAAUUGAUUUUGCACCAUCUUCUGCGCCUAAGCUCUGUAUUACAUUUGCUAGUAUAAGCAUUACAUUUCAUCUUGACCAGACUCGUCUCAACGACAAGGAUCCAUCGUGA